AGGGCAACGUUCAUAAACAGUAACAGAGGUUACUCACGUUUUAGCACGCGGCAGCUUCUCGGUUUUACAGCAUAGUUUAAAUUUUUUUUUAAAAAUAAAAUUAUAAUGUCUUCGGCGUUACAGUCUAAAAGAGGGCCUUCGAAUGGAUCUUAUACAUUUUCCAGUCGUCCACAUGUCGCUUCCAACCGCCUCAGAUACACGGAUCCUGAGAUGAUGGAAAACGAUGGACGACCGGUCUAUGGAAACAUUAUGUAUGAUCGACGUGUCGUUAGAGGAAACACCUAUGCACAACACAUCCUGCCAGUCACAUCUCAGCCUGACCCAGUCGAGAUCCAACAGCAGGAACAAGCAAUGCGACGAGCCACAGCAAGAAAGAGGGCAAAAGACAGAAGUCCAGGCACACUUGAGAACAGAAAGCACGUAGAUGUUCAGACAGAAUUAUACUUGGAGGAGCUGAGUGAUCAUAUUGAGGAUUCCAGUGUGGAAUGCCAGACAGAUGCAUUUCUAGACAAGCCAGCCACACCUCUCUUUAUCCCUGCCAAAUCUGGCAAAGAUGCAACAACACAGAUAGAAGAAGGAGAGCUGUUUAACUUUGAUCUGGAGGUGCAACCAGUGUUGCAGGUGUUGGUGGGAAAGACAAUGGAGCAAGCUUUGCUAGAAGUACUGGAGGAGGAAGAGCUGGCUGGGUUGAUGGCUCAGCAAUGUGCUUUCCAGGAGUUGCGUAAUGCUGAAUUGGUGGAAGUUCAACGACUGGAGGAGGAGGAGAGACGCCACCGUGAAGAGAAGGACCAGAGGAUUAAGCAGCAACGGUUGGUCUUGAAGAAGGAAAGAGAAACAGCAGAGAAAAUCGCUGCUAGAACAUUCACUCAACAUUAUCUUGCUGACCUGCUUCCCUCAGUCUAUGCAAAUCUGAGAGACCAUGGAUAUUUCUAUGACCCAGUGGAGAGAGAUAUAGAGACUGGAUUCCUUCCCUGGCUGAUGGCAGAAGUCAACAAUGCUUUGGAAAACCAGCAUGUUGCACGAACAGUGCUUGACACACUCAUCCAAGAAGUGUCCAAUCGCAGACAGGAAGACUUUCAGAUGUUCAGCUGAUGUUUUUUUGUCUCUUGGUAAAAUCUCAUUGUACUCAUAGUUUCCUAAAUAUGAUAAUAUUUAAGGUUAAAAUAAAAGUCCCACUAUAUUAAACAGG